AUGCUUGAUGGCAUCAGCUCUCCUCCAGCUAGUUUCUGGAGAAUCACCAUUUUCCCACUCACCAAGGCUGGACUUCAUUUUACUUUUAUUAUCAUUGGCUUCUUGAACCUUUUGUUUACACUGCAUCACCUGCUUUGGAAGGAAGUGGUUGGUUGUCAGGAAUGUGUGUCCCUCUGUAACCUCUUCCCAGUUGUGGAGCUGGUAGAAACCUGUCUCCACGUGGACUCUGUGCAAAAGUCUAUGAUGGUGAUCAUGGCCCUACCCCCUCUCCCCGAGUCUGGAGCUGAGGGAAUCUGCUGUGAGUGCAGGGUCCAGAGCUGCCUGAGCCAGGACUCUGGGAUGGGUAGUUAG